AUGACUAUUGUAUUGAGAUUUGUAGAUAUUGAUGGUUUUUUACAAGAGCGAUUUUUCGCCAUUGUACAUGUAACUGAUACAACUGCUGCAACACUUAAGAAAGAAAUAUCUGAUGCACUUGGUCGUUAUGACUUUCAUAUUCACAAUAUAUGGGGACAAGGAUAUGAUGGUGUUAGCAAUAUGCGUGCUACUGAAAAAGAGGUAUCCAUUUGGUUAUUCUUUUCAAAAUUGAAUUCAAUUUGUAAUCUCAUUAAUGCAUCUCCUAAACGUCAUGCUAAGUUACAUCCUGCUCAAAGAAUUGAAGUUGCACAUAUGAUAGCUACUGGUGAACGUGAUACCGGUAGAGGAUGUAAUCAAAUUAGCAAUUUUCUACUACCUGGAAAGACUCGUUGGAGUACUAAUUUUGAGUCAAUUUGUUGGAUGAUUGAUAUGUAUAGCUCUGUGAUUUCCGUGUUUGAAAAGAUGGUGGUUGAUGGGUCUUCUAACUCCAUCCGUGGUGAAGCUAAUGGUUUGUUGAUUGCAAUAAAGUCUUUUGAUUUCAUAUUCAUAUUACACUUGAUGCAAAAGAUAAUGGGGAUAACAAAUCUGCUUUGUAGAGCAUUGCAAGAGAAAUCUCUAGAUAUUUUAAAUGCAAUGGGCUCUAUUUCAACUACUAAAAUUUUGCUUCAUACUUUAAGAGAAGAAGGUUUUGUUAUUCUACUUAAUUAUGUGAAAGAAGUUUGUGCCAAAUAUGAUAUUGAGAUACCUCAUAUGGAAGCUCGUUAUAAAUUUGCUACAGGUCGUUCUUGUCAACAAAAUGACUCAAUUACAGUUGAACACCACUAUCAAUUUGAUGUAUUUGUUGCUGCAAUAGAUUUUCAAAUUGAAGAACUUAAUAGUAGAUUCAAAGAUGAGACAGUCGAAUUUCUUAAGCUUAGUUGUGCUUUGGAACCUAAAGAAACUUUUAAGCUUCUUAGGUGA